AUGGCCCAGCUCGGCGUUUUGGACUGCGUGAUCAACCACAACUGGGGAUUCAUUUGUAACCUGUAUUGCGCGUGGAGCGGUCAGGCAUCAAAAAAUAAAGAUGGAAAAGAGCAGAGUGAAGCUGUAUCGCCAUCAGAAGAAGAAGAAACUUUCUCUUGGCCUGGCCCCAAAACUGUUGUGCUAAGGAGGACUUCUCAGGGUUUUGGCUUCACCUUAAGACACUUCAUAGUUUACCCUCCAGAAUCUGCAGUACAGUGUUCUUUUAAAGAUGAAGAGAAUGGGAAUAGACAAGGAAAGCAAAGAAAUAGACUGGAGCCUAUGGAUACCAUAUUCGUUAAACAAGUGAAGGAGGGUGGACCUGCUUUUGAAGCUGGAUUGUGCACAGGUGACAGAAUUAUAAAAGUCAAUGGUGAAAGUGUUAUUGGGAAGACAUAUUCUCAAGUCAUUGGUUUAAUACAGAACAGUGACAGCAUAUUGGAACUUAGUGUUAUGCCAAAAGAUGAGGACAUCCUUCAACUGCUGCAGUUUACAAAGGAUGUCACAGCCCUGGCGUAUUCCCAAGAUGCCUACCUGAAAGGCAACGAAGCCUACAGUGGUAAUGCCCACAACAUACCUGAACCACCGCCAAUAUGUUACCCACGCCUGGCACCCGCAGCCUCUGUUACGGCACAAGCUGGUGACAAGCUACCUUCUGACUUCUCGCUCGGGAAACCACAAGUCAGUAGACCAGUACGGGCAUUGACACAGCCAGAGAGGGCCUACAGAAUGGAAAUACAAGUGCCUCCAUCGCCAACAGACAUUGCAAAAUCAAAUACAGCUGUGUGUGUUUGUAACGAAACUGUACGGACUGUUAUUGUGCCUUCUGAGAAGGCUGUAGAUUUGCCAUCUUGUAGAAAUAAUCACGCUGGCCCAUCACACAGGACAGAGGAAGUAAGAUAUGGCUUGAAAGAUCAAACCAGUCUAAAAGCACGGACCACGUCACCAUCUUGUUCAGUGUCCACUGCCAUUGUACUUCCCCAGACUCCAAUAACAAGGCCAGUUGAUCCAACUGGAACACUAAAUAAAGCUUCAAAUUAUGUAGUGUGUCCAGAAGGAAUCUCGAGCACUAGACCUCCUGCUCAAGCCACGGACUCGCCCUCUGUCUCUACAAAUCAUUACAGUUCUCCAACGUCCCACCAGCAUAUAGACUGGAAGACCUACAAAACUUACAAAGAGUACAUCGAUAACAGACGCACGCACAUGUAUGGCUCCCGAACAAUCCAGGAGAGGUUAGAUAGUUUAAGGGCAGCUUCUCAAAAUACAACUGAUUAUAAUCAAGUGGUGCCAAAUCGCACUGCUUCACAGGUACGGCGCAGGAGCACCUCUCAUGAUAGGGUUCCACAGUCUGUUCAGAUCCGCCAGAGAAGCGUAUCCCAGGAAAGGCUUGAGGAUCCUGUAUUGAUGAAAGAGUGGCCACGCAGUGCUUCACAAGAUACUCUGACUUCACCUUCAGUUAAUGCUAGGAAUCACAGGGCUCGAUCGUGGGAUUAUCUCAGCAAACAGGGUGAAGUGCUAGAGAACUUUCAUUCUGAGAAUCUGCUUGCAGGUACUAAUGGAGACAGGAGAAAGACUUACAAGUGGACAGGGUUUACUGAACAAGAUGAUCGGCGAGGUAUUUAUGAGCGAUCUAGACAGCAUGCAUUUCAUAUGUCCCUUCGAGGUCAAAAUUUUUCUAUGACUCCAAGUGCUUAUAUUUCAGACAGCAGGAGAACGGGUAGUAGGGCUUCUCUGCCUGGUUCUCAUUUUCAGAAAGUUUCACCAGAUAUAAAAAUGUUGCCACCUUCUCGAGAUUUGCAAACUCCUGGGGGAGUUUCAAAGUCUACAACUGUUUCACAAGAGAGAUUGUCUCUCACACCAGCCAGAAGUUCUAAAAGUAGCUCUUUGAAGAACUCUGCUCACUAUGCAGCAAAACCAUCAUUUCCCCUUAACCAGAGCCUGGAUGCUAUUGCCAGCAAAGACCAAAGAACAGUAAAUCACUUGCAUCAGGGUGGUCUGUUAAACCAACAGUCACGGAUCCGAGCUGAAGGUGCCCCAGAUCACAAAGCAGAAACUGGCAAAACCGUCCAACCUUCCUCUCUGUCUCCAGCUUCCGCCAAACUUGUUCAGCCAACAAGUGAGAGUUCAACUACCUCUGACAAUGUAGAUGGCUCCAUCAGACAAAAAAUUCAUGAUUUUGAGAGUGAAGGUGUCCACGAGCCUGAAAUUCUGCAAACAGAUGUUCAGGAAAAUGACGAAGACGUGGUGGUCAUGCGAGACAAAUCACCUUCUGGCCACCAAACUCCACAGCCUUUGAGGCAUCAGUCCUAUAUUCUUGCUGUAAAUGACCAAGAAGCAGCCUCGGACACUACCUGUUGGUUACCUAACGAUGCCCGGAGAGAAGUUCACAUAAAAAGAAUAGAAGAAAGGAAAGCAUCAGGUUCCAGCCCACCUGGUGACUCCUUGGCUUCUAUUCCGUUUAUUGAUGAACCGACUAGUCCUAGUAUUGACCAUGAUAUUGCACACAUUCAUGCUUCUGCUGUUAUUUCUGCAUCUGCUUCUCAAGCACCAGCUAUAGCAACUGUUCCUCCCAGCCCCACAUCUCCAAUCCCUUUAAUUCGGCGACAGCUUUCUCAUGAUCAUGAAUCCAUCCGGCCUAGUGUCCUGGAUAGCCAGCCUGCUGCAAAAACUGAGAGAUCAAAGUCGUAUGAUGAAGGACUGGAUGACUACAGAGAAGAGGGAAAACCAUCCAUUAAGCACGUAUCUAGUUUAAAGGGGAUUAAGGUCUCAGACAGCCAGAAAUCUUCAGAAGACUCUGGUUCCCGAAAAGAUUCUUCUUCAGAGGUCUUUGGUGAUGCCUCCAAGGAGGGAUGGCUCCAUUUUCGUCAGCUUGUUACAGACAAGGGAAAGCGAGUUGGUGGGAGUAUUCGGCCAUGGAAGCAAUUGUAUGUUGUUCUUCGAGGUCAUUCGCUUUAUUUGUACAAGGACAAAAAGGAACAAGUGACCCCGUCUGAAGAAGAACAACCCAUAAGCAUCAAUGCUUGUUUGAUAGAUAUCUCGUACUGUGAAACCAAGAGGAAAAAUGUUUUUAGACUCACCACAUCAGACUGCGAGUAUCUGUUUCAAGCUGAGGACAGAGAUAAUAUGUUAUCAUGGAUUAAAGCAAUACAAGACAACAGCAACUUAAAUGAUGAGGAUACUGGUGUCACUAGUAGAGAUCUAAUUAGUCGAAGGAUUAAAGAAUACAGUACAAUGAUGAGCAAAACAGAGCCAUCUCCCAAAACACCUCGCCAGAGUCUAAGCAUCAGACAGACUCUGCUUGGAACUAAAGCAGAACAGAGGACCCAGAGUCCGCAUUCUCCUAAGGAUGAGUCUGAAAGGAAGCUUCUCACUAAAGAUGAGACAAGCCCACCAAAAGACAAGGGGACAUGGAGAAAAGGCAUCCCAAGCAUUAUGAGGAAGACCUUUGAGAAGAAGCCAUCUGCUGUAGGAACAUUUGGUGUUAGACUUGAUGACUGCCCCCCAGCUCAUACCAACAAAUAUAUUCCACUGAUCGUUGAUAUAUGCUGCAAACUGGUUGAAGAAAGAGGCCUUGAGUACACAGGUAUUUACAGAGUUCCUGGAAAUAAUGCUGCCAUCUCCAGUAUGCAGGAAGAGCUCAACAAAGGAAUGACUGACAUCGAUGUUCAUGAUGAUAAAUGGCGAGACUUGAAUGUGAUAAGCAGUUUGCUGAAAUCCUUCUUCAGAAAGCUCCCAGAACCCCUUUUUACCAAUGACAAAUAUGCAGAUUUUAUAGAUGCCAAUAGAAAAGAAGAUCCUGUUGAACGUCUGAAAACACUGAAGAGACUGAUUCAUGAUUUACCUGAACAUCAUUAUGAGACUCUCAAGUUUCUUUCUGCGCACCUGAAGACAGUAGCAGAGAACUCAGAAAAGAACAAGAUGGAACCAAGAAACCUGGCCAUAGUAUUCGGUCCAACGCUCGUGAGGACGUCUGAUGAUAACAUGACACACAUGGUUACGCACAUGCCAGACCAAUAUAAAAUUGUAGAAACACUCAUCCAAAAACAUGACUGGUUUUUCACAGAAGAUGAUGCUGAAGAACCUCUUACAGCAGUUCAGGAGGAAAACACUGUAGAAUCUCAGCCAGUGCCAAACAUAGAUCAUUUACUCACCAACAUUGGAAGAACGGGAAUAUCUCCUGGAGACGUAUCAGAUUCAGCUACUAGUGACUCAGCAAAAUCUAAG